GCAGGUGCAAAAAUAGCAACUAACAUCAACAUUCUUCUUACACUUACAGAGAAAAUAUUUAACAGGAAAUAAUCUGUAUUAUUUUGAAAGAGAUUAUUUUGCCUUGAUUGUAAGGUAAUAACCAAACACUUUCCCCAUUUUGAAGAUGAUUUACAAAUUUGUACCAAAUAAGCAAUAGAGCAAGACUUGGUAGCAACUUUCUUUAGAGAUAGAGAACGAAUAGAUCUGACUGUGUUUAUCCAAGUUUUCUCCACUCUCAUAUGAACAGGCCAGCGUCACACCUGUUCCUUCACCUAACAGUCAUAAGCCACACCCAUUAGCUCGCUCAUUGGUCAACUGUCCAGCGAAUCCCGCCCUCUGGCUCAGGGAAUUCCGACGUCAUAAUAAUCCCUGCCAGCCCCGCCUCUUAUUCUGUGAGUUUCUACACGUCCAGUUUGGUGAUGGCGUUGGGUCAUCCGGGUCAGAACGCGUCACCUGCGGGAUAGAGACUCCGUCGAGCAUCCUCAGAAGUGCGCUCAGACGAGGAGCUAACUUGUGACAUCGUUUGAAAUGUCACCGGACAGCUGAGAACUCAUUAUAGUGACAGGAUUUAACCAAGAGGAAGAAACUUCGGUUGCCAUGUCUCUCCUGUGCGUGAGAGUUAAGAAAGCCAAACUCCAAGGACCUCCGGAUAAAUUCAAUGCCUAUGUGACACUGAAAGUGCAAAAUGUGAAGAGUACCACCAUCACUGUGAGGGGAGACCAGCCGUGCUGGGAGCAGGACUUCAUGUUUGAGAUCAGCCGGCUGGACCUGGGCCUCAUUGUAGAGGUGUGGAACAAAGGUCUCAUCUGGGACACCAUGUUAGGAACGGCCUGGAUCCCCACUCAAAAGCAUCUGCCAUUCAGAGGAGGAGGGCCCUGGUGAUUGGAUAUUUCUGGACUCUGAAGUUCUGAUGAAGGCAGAUGAGAUAUAUGGGACUAAAAAUCCAACUCCACAUCGGGUCC